AUGAUUGUCAAAGUACUAAUAAUAUUAUUGGUUGUGACGGGAUACCAAUGUUUCAAUGUGUGUGAAAGUAAAUUCACCAUGCAUGAUGCUAUACAACAAUGUUUUGAUGAUGAGUUUAUAGAUGUAAUUGUACCGUUGCAAGUUGAUUUUAAUACAUCAUACGUCGACUUGGUAGAGAAUAGUCCAGUGGGUUUAUAUCCACAGUGCAACAAUACAGAUGCCUACCAGAGAGCCCAGCUAUGUGCUGAUUCAGUUAGUAGACGGUGUGUUAAUGAUACAGAUCUUCUACCCAUUAAAACAGAAUUGGCUAAAUUAUUGCCCUUUCUCUGUAGCCACAUAUCUGAUUUAGAUCAACAUUGUCUCCAACGGCAAUAUGGGAGCAUGGAAACAUGUAUGAAAACAGAAGUUAAAAGAACCAUUGACAGCGACACAGACAGCUUCGACGACGCUUUAAAGAUAAUUUGCAUGUCAUACUCGGUGUCUACCCACUGUGCGGAUGUAAAUCUUCGUACAUGUGGAAUACGAACCCGAUUAACCUACAAGAAAUUAGUUAGGUUCAGCUUACCCAAGGGAUGUUAUUUUAAUCCUCCCGUCAUUGGUUAAUGUAUAUUUUAAAAAGUUUUGGUUCUGAUUUGGCUUUUAUAUUUUUAUAUUUUAAAAAAGUAAAUAAUGCCACCGCUUUGAUUAUUUGUGUCUAAUAUAUUAAACAUUUUUGAAUACA